AUGUGGGAUGUUACGGACGAAAAUAAGGAGUUGUUAAUGGCAUGGAUCAGUGAGUAUGGGCAAAGCGAAACAAAAACAUUUGUUGAAAAUCAUCUGAAGGGGAAAACUGUGGCAUUAAACUAUGAGGAAUUGUCAAAGAUUCUAAUGCCCUUAACGGAUGACUUUCCUGUAUAUAAAUUUGUUGAGCGCUUGAAGGUGCAUAAGCCAAUUGUAAAGAAAGUUACCAAUCCUGCUUACGAGGCUAGGAUCCAAAAACUAAAGCGAGAACAGGAAAAUCGAGAGUAUUUAGAAAUGACUAGUUCUAUCGAUCCUAACCGUCACUAUGGAUCGGAGAGACUGAUGGGCAGUUUUGGAGAGGUUCUCAUUACAUUCUCCUGCUGGAAGAAGUUUAUAGUAUUCGACAUUUUAUACUUACAGGAAUUGAAAAUGGUUAAUCGACAAAUGUUGGCUGUCUUCAAUACUGUUGUGACUGUAGGAGGGGCUUUUUCUUUUGGCUUUUUCGGCUUAAAUUAUGCUUAUCCGAGUCUGAAUAUGGGUAUUGAAACUAGAAUGACGAUUGGUUUCGCGCUAGCUACUGUUGUGUUUUUCGCAGAUCUAUAUUUCAUUGUGAAGGGCAUGGAUAAUAUGGAAAGCACAGCAUUGGAGGUCGUCGAGAUGAGCUUUUAA